AACUUAUUUUAAGGCCAUUUCAGGCCUUUACACUCAAAUACCACUUGCUACCUGAGUAGUACAUUCUUCUCUACAUUUUGCAUAAAACUCAUAUAUCGUUUAUUUUUUUUUAAUAAGUUACCUUUUUAGCAAUGGCUUUGGUGGAAGAGCUUCUUCUACAACCUACGAGCAGAAGCAUAUUGUUUGGUGCUGUGUUGAUCCUUCUUCCAAUUGCUUACCUUCGCGCCUCUCGCUCCAACUCUCAGGGAAAAGGGAAGGAACCUCCAGGGCCCAAGCCAUUACCUAUCCUGGGAAACUUACUACAUCUUGACCUCAAGAGACCCUAUAUCAGUCUCUUUUCUAUGUCAAAACAAUAUGGAUCCAUAUUUACUGUGUAUUUUGGUCCGAAGAAAGUGGUUGUUUUGGCAGGAUAUCAAACUGUCAAGCAAGCCCUGGUGAAUCAUGCAGAGGAAUUUGGAGACAGAGACAUCACUCCUAUAUUCACUGAGUACAGCCAAGGAUAUGGAAUUCUGUUUUCCAAUGGGGAGAACUGGAAAGAGAUGAGACGCUUUUCUCUCUCUGCCCUUCGCGACUUUGGUAUGGGCAAAAAAGGCAGUGAAGAGAAAAUCAUAGAAGAGACGUGUUACUUGAGAGACGUGUUUGAGCAGUUUAAAGGAAAACCGUUUGAUACCACACAGCCAGUGAAUUAUGCUGUUUCAAAUAUCAUCUCAUCCAUUGCGUAUGGAAGCAGGUUUGAAUACAGUGAUCCUCUGUUCAAAGAUAUGGUAACGAAGAGCAACGAGAAUGUCAGACUUAUUGGCUCAGCUUCUAUACAGUUGUACAACAUGUUUCCCUGGCUUCGUUCUUGGAUAAAGAACAGAAAACUCAUUCUGAAAAACCGCGAGAACUGUAUCAAACAGAUAAAUGGGCUAGUGGACCGUCUACAGCAAACACUGAACCCUCUGGACUGCAGAGGCCUGGUGGAUUGUUUUCUUGUACGCAAACAAAAUGCAGAGGAAUCUGGAGAGAAGAACACUCUGUUUCAUAAACAAAACCUACUUUACACAGUUGCCAACCUCUUUGGUGCUGGUACUGACACAACUGCCGCAACUCUGCGCUGGAGCCUUCUACUAAUGGCCAAAUACCCUCAUGUGCAAGAUCGAGUCCAGGAAGAGAUUGACAGGGUGGUUGGAGAUCGUCAGCCAGUGAUGGAGGACAGGAAGAACUUGCCUUACACUGAUGCAGUAAUCCAUGAAAUCCAGAGACUGGCCAACAUAGUGCCCAUGAGUGUACCUCACACCACCAGUUGCGAUGUUCACUUUCAGGGCUUCUUCAUUAAGAAGGGAACUUCUGUGCUUCCACUGUUGACAUCUGUGUUGAGAGAUGAGAAUGAGUGGGAGGUCCCCAACACCUUCAACCCAGCACACUUCCUUGACAAGCAGGGACGAUUUGUUAAGAGAGAUGCCUUCAUGCCAUUUUCUGCAGGCCGCAGAGUCUGCGUGGGAGAGAGUCUGGCCAGAAUGGAGCUCUUCCUAUUCUUCACCUCCUUCCUGAAACACUUCCGUUUCACUCCUCCACCAGGCGUGUCUGAGGAUCAGCUGGACCUCACACCAGCUGUAGGCUUCACACUGAGCCCCUCCCCCCACAAACUGUGUGCAGUUAGCCGCAAUGCUUAACAUUUAUGCUUUCAAUCUGAUUGUCUGGCAGUAAUAUGUUAGAUUAUCAGUAAUAAUUGCCUAAGAAGAAUCAUACCAUGUAACCUGAAACAAAACCCUUCACUCUUACUGUUGUUGUUGGUCUAUAGGGAUCAUUCCACUGAACUGGUUCAAAGUCAGAGUUUCAGGCUUUUAACUGACUUGGACUUCAGACUAAACCCCUUUGCUUUGAGUAACCCUACACCUUUAUGUUUAUUUUAUUAAAACAAAUGACUGAACAUUCCAUUUUGUCAUAAACAAAUCUGAACACUACCAAAACUAUACGAAAUGUUUUGGAAGUGACUAUGUCUGUAGUGACAAUUCUGGCUUGUUUUGGGCAUAACUGAAAAUGCUAGCCAGUACAUGACAAGCAAACACAGCUUUGAACAGUUGUACACAUGUACAAUCAUAAUAUUUUUCAUUAAAACAGAAAAAAGUUCACUUCAUUGCAUAAAAGUGUUUCAAUACAUGAAACAUGACAAUUCUUAAUGUUACACACUGAUUUUCAGAAUUUGAGACACUUUUACUUCAACACAAUAACAUAUAACUGCUUACCAUGUGGCACCAUGUGUAAAGUACCAGAAAGAUUCAGAUGGUCGCGGUUAAAAGGAGAAAAGGAGGCUUUACUGAUAGAAUCAAAAUCCAGGUUUGUGGUCAAAAAACAGGCAUGGGUCAAAUCCUGAAAAGACAGCCAGCACAAAAAUAUAAACAUCACAGAAGAUAAACAAUCCAAAAGAGUCAGGUAAAAGGCAGAGUCGAAUAAACAGGCAAAACGGUCAUAAACAGGAAUAACAAACACAAUAGAACUCUCAGAAGAUCUGGAUAGACGCAAUACCUUGCAAUAGAUUAUGCUAAAGCCCAGGUUUAUAAACUAAACUACUAUGGUCAUGUGACAAACAAGACAGGUUAACAGAGUUUGCGCUGAUUGGAGCGCAAGGGAAGGUCAGGAUUCUGGGAGAUGGAGUCAGAGUGUGCCUCAGAGCCGGAGGGAUGUGUGACACCAUGGGACAAGGAUCUCACUUCCUGAUCUAAAAUGCAGUAGUGUGGCUAAAAUGGGACUUUUUUUUUUGUGAUUUAUUUUUUAUUUU